UUACUACCGAGAGAUCCAGAGAAAGCGUUUGAAAUCAACCAGUGAAAGCCAACUACGUCAUAUACCCGUUCUGUUGGUCAUAUUCGGACGUAACGUUAAACCAGCAAGAGUUUGGGUUCAACCUAAAGAAUCAAAGCAUUUCUGCCGUCAGAUCUUGAAUUCCCAUAUAUUAUGUAAGUCUUGUAGGCAAAUUUGUAUUUGUUGUCACGACUAGCGAACACUUGCAUCAGAGCGUUUUAGCUAGAAAGCAAGCUAACUUGGACAAGACUAUAUGGACAGCAAGAGCUCAAUGUGCAAGCUAAAACCCAUCUAAGCCUGACAUAGCAAGCGUAGAGCUAAAUAUUAACUAUAUUUUCUUGUUAAAGCACAUAUUUGGACGAUCACAAACGGGAGGUGAAUAUACUUUCUGGCAAUGUUCUGAAUACGCAGCCGUCCUCAAGGUUAACUUAGCGUACUUCACUGACGUAAACGCAUUUAAAUUCUACCAUACAUAGCAUGGUACCACGAAGCUGUUAAGCUUAACGUGAUCCCUUAAGGUCGAAACCACGCGUAAGAGAUUGCAGCCCUGCGAGUUUGAAGAGGUGUCCACCAAAGAGAUGACUGAUUUGCAGGACCAUGGGGAUGAAAGCAGUUAUGAGGUCCCAGGAGGAAUGAGGCCUUUGUCUACAGACGAUGCAUUUCGUGAAUCCUCACUGUACUCCAGAGCCACCAGAUCCGACCUCCCGCUCAGCACUGGGGACAUGGACGUGGCCUCAGACACCGACAGUGGAAGCAGAGGACAGAGACCCUACUACAGCCGACUCUCAGAGGGGAAGAGCAGUUAUGAUGAUUUUGUUUCAUCGGACAAAGGGCUUCUGCUAAAGACUCUCAUUGAUGCCGAAUCUGCUGCCAACUCGGCUGCCAUUCAGUUGGUGUCUUUUAAAGACAUCUUGGACGAAGACUUUGGGGAUUCGAGGUGCUCCAGUGAUUUGCGCAUGUCCAGGCAGCGAGGCCUUUUGUUAGAUAAGUUGGAGGUCUUCAAGCGUAUUAACAAGUCUGUCCGCCAACAGCUGAAAGAAUUGCAGGAUCAAGAGGCAUGCCGGCUGGACACAGACAGACAAAUUGAUGUAUUGCUGAAGAGGCUAACACAGACAGAGAGUGAAAAUCAGCAUUUAAAAUCCAGUCUGAGUGAAAAAGAAAGAAGAGUAGAAGAUCUGAUGUCUCUACGGAAAAAAGAAAUGGAGAAUACUGAGUCGGUGGUCCAGCAGUCCAGAUCUGUGGAGUCCACCCGGGCUCACCUGCAGAAUCAGCUCCGAAGCAAAGAGGCCGACAACAACCGCCUGACUGUCCAGUUCAGGGGUGUGGAGAGGACUGUCACGGAGCAGAAGCUGGAGAUUGAUGACUUGAAGAGUCAGAUCAAUGCUGUUUUUGAAAAGGCAUCGCAGGAGAAGGAUGCCUUGAAGAGGGCGACCCGGGCUCAGAAGCAGAGGGCAGAGAGGUUUGAGGUGGCCGUGGGGAAAUGCUACGACCAGCUGAGAGAGAAGGAUGUGAAGCUGGCAGAGACGCGUGCUGAGAGAGACACGUGGAAGACCCAGCAGGAGCAGAUCACCGAGGAGAAGGGGCACCUGGACACAGAGAUCGCCAUUCUGCGAGAGCAAAUUGCAAGCAUGACUGCAGAGCUGAUGAAGGAGAAGGAUUCAGCGAGUGCUGCGAAUGAAGUUCUGCUGAAGAAAGUUGAGAAACUCAGCACUGAAAAUGGCGAGUUUGGCCUGGAGAAUGCCACGCUAAAGGCUUCCAUUGCUGAGUUUGAGUAUAAGUUGGAGCACUCUCUCUCCAUUUACGAGGAAAACAGCACACGUUCUCAAGAGAGAAAAUGUCAGCUGGACCAGUACCAAAUUCAGAUAGCGGAGUUACAAACUGAGGUCACAGACCUGAGAAUAAAGCUCGAAAGCGCCCUAAAGGAAAAAGAGAAUAUCAUAGAAGGAGGACACGCUGAGGUUGCCGAGGCGCGGGAGCAGCUGGAGGGUCGUGUGCUGGAGCUGGAGGCCUGCCCCGAGCUGCUGAGUGCCACAGAACAGCGGCUGGAGGACAGCCAGGACAACCUGCGGCGCUCCGAGAGGAAGCAGGCCGAGAAGGACGAGGCCCUCCGGCAGCAGCAGUUAAAGGCUGAGCGACAGCUGGAGAAACUGAAGUCCUCUGUUGAGAUGAAGGAUUCAAUUAAUGAAGCAAACAGUCAGCUGCAGGAGAAAAUGGAGUCUCUUCAGAAGCACCUGGAGGAGGCUCACACUGACAACAGGGAGCUGGUCCACAGGCUGGCCGCCCAGGAGGAGGCCCUGCACUACAGCAGCCGGCAGCUGGAGCAGCGCUCGGCCGAGUGCCAGGCCCUCACCCGCCAGCUGGAGACCGCCCUCACUGACGUCAGGCUACAGGUGUCCAAAGUGAAAGAGAAGACGUCGGCCAGAGAUGUCUCUCUGCAGGCCAGGAUCCAGGAGAUGGAGGCUGAGAAAAGCAGGAGGGUGAAUGAGUUAAGGCAGCUCAAGCAGAGCAAGAUAUCAAGUGAGAAGCAGUAUGAAUUGCGCCUUAAAGACCUGCAGCUGAGCCUGGAUCAGUCGGAAAGUCACAAACAAAGCAUUCAGAAUUACGUGGAUUUCCUCAAGAACUCCUACUCCACCAUGUUUGACGAAGGUCUACCAUCAAGCUUCGGAUCGUCUUAUUUCUUAAAGUAAUGCUUGUGGUCUACAUUCUGUCUGUUAAUGUUUUUGUGAGUGAAUGUCUGUGAGUGUUUGUCUCUGUGUAGCCAUAUCAAAGAUCAUAAUCAUAAGCGGUGCUGUUUUACCAGAGAAAAAUUCUUUGAAUUCACCCUUCAAAUGUAAUCUGUGACCAGUUCUCAUGGAUAUUAUUUAUAUAUUUAUUUGUAUAGAUGGAAAUACUGUAAAUGUGUGAUGGUUUAAAUUAUUAUUAAAAUAUCUCUUGAAAGUCACCUUUUGAAAACA